AUGGGCAGUGAUAAGGGCAAAGACUGCCUCAUACCCUUGCUCACUAGACAUCUCGAAAGGCUCCUGAUCGGAAUUCAUUCAUCCAACAAAGGCAUCAUACUCAAAGAAGCCAAUCCCAUCCUAGAUCACGCCGACUUUGAUAAACAGGAUUACACUAAAGGCCAACAGCAUGGUAGUUGCCACUGGAUCUGCCUGAUGGCUGCCAGUGAUGACGAGCUCCGAUCUGAUCUGGCCAGCUGCAUUGUCAACAGAACGAUAGGCAAGGCCAUCGUGGAAUACUUCGGGGGCGGUCUCAUCUUCUACCACAGGAUGUGA